AUGGUGCCUAAGCCUAAGAAGAAGGCCAGCAAGGCCGCGCUCAAGAAGAAUCGCUCCAACCAGACCACCGCUAAGAAAGUUAGUGAAGAACGUCAAGUCCCCGAGCGUGAUGCACCCACCACCGAAGCAUCCAAGUCACCCUCUCAGACUUCGAAUCAGCUCGUUGAUAGCGCUGCUCCCCAAAAGCUGCAAGCAAUCGAGCAAGCCAAAGAACAGCUUGAGGCUGUCGACGACAAGAUCAAACGCCUGGAGGAAAUGCGCAAGAUCUGCGAGAAUGCUUUGACUGCUGUCAAGGAACUCCAGAAGAAAUGA